AUGACCAUCAACCCGACUUACCUCGCGCAGCGCACGCGCUCCUCUGCGAACUGGAGUGAUGCGAAGUAUCGUGUGCUGAAGUCGUACCGGGAGUGGCUUCGUGCGUCCCCCGAGAUCCAAACCAUGUACUCCCUGAACAUGCCCGUCUCCGCUAUCCGCACCAAGGUCCGUCAGGAAUUCGAGAAGCACCGCUACGUCCAGCAGCUCAGCGCCGUUGAUGUGCUAUUGUUCAAGAGCCAUGCCGAGUUCCAGGAAACACUCAACUUCUGGAAGCAGCUGUCACACGUGAUGAAGUACUUCCGGCCAGAGGAGAGCCCCGGUGCGCGGUUACCCCCCAACUUCGUGUCUGGGUUCUUGGAGGGCCGCAAUUAG